AUUGUUGGCGGAUGAGGGCGCUUCACCGCCAUUUGAAACACACACACAUAGACACACACUGGCUGUGUCUGAGCUAAACGCUUGUAGCCCUGAAAGUAGACUUGAUGAUGAACUGAGCAGCAGACAGGAGAAACAUUUUGAAAUCGAAAGCGACACGGUUAGAUUUAUUCAAUGAUCGGGUGAUGUGACGACCCUGAUCGGAGAGAUCUGACCGGGCUGAGAAGGCUGAAGUGAAGAAGCAGGACUUUUCGUGGCUGUUGGUGCUCAAGCUGGCCAUCAGAUGACCAAGUUCUGAAAAGUCGAUCUGCGCUGUCUUUGCAGUUUUUCAGCUCGAGACUUCGGAAAUAACAUCAUGGCCGUCUCGUUGUCCUCCUCCAAUCUCCUGCUCCUUCUCCUCAUUUCCUCCUUGGAUUGGCUGUCCACUCCAGGAUCUGCAUUUCUCAUGGUUCGGGAUCAUGUGACGUCAUUAGCUCCCCUUGAACCUCAUAUCACAGAGUGCGUAUCGAGGGACCAGGAGACAUUCCGAUGUUGGUGGAGUCCAGGCAGCUUCCACAACCUGUCCUCCCCUGGAUCACUCAGAGUCUUCUACCUUAAGAAAGAGUCACCUGCCAGUGAGUGGAAAGAGUGUCCGGAGUAUGUUCAUUCAAACAGGGAGUGCUUCUUCGAUGUAAACCACACAUCUAUUUGGGUCCCCUACUGCAUGCAGCUCCGCAGCCACAACAGCACCUUUUACAACGGCGAUUACUGUUUCACUGUGGAGAAUAUCGUACGUCCUGAUCCACCAGUGUCUCUAAACUGGACAAUGCUGAACAUAAGUCCCUCCGGGCUAAGUUAUGAUGUCAUGGUCAACUGGGAGCCCCCACCCUCUGCAGACGUCAGGGCGGGCUGGAUGCGCAUUGAGUACGAGAUCCAGUACAGAGAGCGAAAUACCACAACCUGGGAGGCACUGGAGAUGCAGCCACACACCCAGCAGACAAUCUUUGGUCUGCACAUAGGAAAAGAGUACGAAGUGCACAUCCGCUGCAGGAUGCAGGCCUUCACUAAGUUUGGAGAGUUCAGCGACUCCAUCUUCAUUCAAGUGACUGAGAUUCCUAGCAAAGAAUCUGCUUUCCCGCUCACGCUGGUUCUUGUUUUCGGGAUUGUGGGCAUCCUCAUACUCAUCAUGCUAAUUGUCGUCUCUCAGCAGCACAGAUUGAUGAUGAUUGUGUUGCCCCCGGUUCCUGCUCCCAAAAUUAAAGGCAUCGAUCCAGAGCUGUUAAAGAAAGGCAAGCUGGACGAGCUGAAUUUCAUCCUUAGUGGUGGAGUUAUGGGUGGCCUACCCACUUAUGCACAAGAUUUCUACCAAGACGAGCCAUGGGUGGAGUUCAUCGAGGUGGAUGCUGAGGAGGAAGAUGCUGGAGAGAAGGAAGACAACCAGGGCUCGGACACCCAGAGGCUCCUGGGUUUGUCCCAGCCUGCCAGCCACCACUUAACCAUCAGCUUCCCUGAUGAUGACUCAGGCCGGGCCAGCUGUUAUGACCCGGAUAUGCCCGACCAGGACACCUUAAUGCUGAUGGCCACCCUGCUGCCAGGCCAACCCGAGGUUGAAGAAGCCUCCUUGGAUGUUGUAAAAAGAGCCCCAGCACCAGAGAAAAGCGAGAGGCCCCUCGUCCAAACCCAAACCGGAGGGCCCCAGACUUGGGUCAACACAGACUUCUAUGCCCAGGUCAGCAAUGUGAUGCCCUCUGGGGGAGUGGUACUGUCUCCUGGACAGCAACUCAGAAUCCAGGAGAACACCUCAGGCAUAGAGGAGGAAACAGUAAAGAAGGGAAAAGAGCACAAAGGCAGCGAGGGCACUGAGGAAAAUAAGCAAAAGGAGCUGCAGUUUCAACUGCUGGUAGUGGAUCCUGAAGGAAGCGGCUACACCACAGAGAGCAACGCCCGGCAGAUCAGCACUCCGCCCAGCUCCCCCAUGCCUGGUGAUGGAUAUCAAAUCAUACACCCUCAGCACGUUGAGACCAAACCUGUAGCAACAGCAGAGGAUAAUCAAUCGCCAUAUAUUCUUCCUGACUCUCCCCAAUCCCAGCUUUUUGCCCCUGUUGCAGACUACACAGUGGUACAGGAGGUGGACAGUCAACACAGUCUGCUCCUCAACCUGCCUCCCCGCCAGUCUCCCCCUCCCUGCCUGCCACAGCACCCACUCAAGGCCCUAUCUUCUAUGCCCGUGGGGUACAUCACCCCAGACCUACUGGGGAACCUCUCACCGUGAAAGGACAAUGCCAUUAGGCCUUUUAAGUGUGAGGUUGAUUGAGCAGGAAUCCCCCCUGCAGUCAUAAAAGCCUUUUUCUACCUGAUUCCUGCUGGAAACCAAAUAACUUGUAGCACACAGUGUGGAUGAGAGGGUACAAGUUUAUUUUCAGAGGGUGCUGAAAGGGAGACAUGAAAAGCUACCAAGCUGUAUUCUUGACUCUUUUACGUCUACUACGUCAAUUAAUUUGAUGCAAAUGUAGCCAAAAGGAAACACUACAAAUCUACUUUAUUUGUUAACAUCCAUAGAUUAUAGACACAGGUUUUUGGCUGAGACUGUGAUUGUGAUGAGUCAAAAAGCAUUAGCUCAAUGCUGAACUACCUGGGAUUGCAUUACCUCUCUGGGUAAUUGUGUUUAGAGAAAUGGCAUUGCGAAAGUCUUAAUCUUACAGAGAGAUGUCCAUGUGUGAUUGAUCGGGAGAAGACAAGCACAUACUUGUCAUGUGCUGUAGAAGCCCUGUGUGAUCCAAAUUAUUUUCCCUCCUGUGUUUAUGACUUAAGAAGAGAUAAAGUGAAGGUUUUAUGAGGGUAAAUUUUCAAAUUCCCUUAAUUAUAAUUUUUAUUUUAAUCUGUGCAAAAGGUGGAGAAAAAAAUUGUAAUUUUUAAGUUACCUUUUUUCCAACUCUGAAAAACAGGUUAAAAAUAAGUUUUGACAGGUAAAAAAAAUAAAUUAUUAGGUGUUUGUUGUUGUAAUACUAAUUUUAGCCACAAGAGGUUGAUGCGCACUAGAUGUAAAAAAUAAUAAUAAUGAUACUUAUUAGAUUAUCCUGCCAGUAUAAAAUCUUUUUUUCACUUGUUCUUAAGUUAUCAACACUAGGGAGAAAACAAUUAAGAUCAGAAUUAUAAAAAAUUUAAAUUGUAAAAUCACCAGAAUUUUUUUCCCUCUUGCCUUACAGGGCUUCCGUAUAUGUUUCACACUACACCAAGACGAAGCUGUUGUUGAUAUGUCUUGCUUGCAGAGAUGUUUUGCUGUGCAAUUGUGGCUUAUUUUGUAUUCUUAAAUUUAUUAUCACAUCGUGUCAUCUAUAAACACUUAAAGAAAUAAUCCACCCUAAAAUACAGCUGAAAACACUACUAUGCAGUUUUACCUUGCAUUCCUGGUUUCAUUUUUCUGAUAGUAUGCUGUUCACAUUUUCAUGAAUAUGUGGCCAAACAUAGAUUAUAUGAUGUCAAGAAAUUUUUCUCUAUUUUUCUACGGUCAAAAUAGAGUUUAGCAUUUUAAGAAAUACUUUAAACAAAUAAAAAAAAAUACAGCACAAACACACACACACAGGCAUGAGUCAUUGGGACAAAACUGUUGUAUCUCUUUCCUUCCUUCGGGGAUACUAACAGGCAUUCUGGUAAAUGAAGGAAUAGAAGCAGGUGAUGUUUAAAAGGGAAAUUACAACAUUUUAUCAUAAACUAGUACCUAAAAUGCAUAUAGACACACACCUAGCAGUUGCAUAUUAUCCUGCGGCCACAGCCAAGUCUCACCUUUAAAACCAGCACUCACUCAUAAUCCCUUAAAGUGAAACUCUAAUGAGCAAGCUUUCUGAUGGGAGAGUUGAAUUCUCCUCAUGUUGCAUUGUUAUUGCAGGGCCAGCGACUGGAAUACGUUGAAAGACUGUGAAAAGUAUGUACUAGCUGUAAUUAGCUAACAUUUUAUACUUAUAUACUUAUACUUAUACUUUAUUAUCUGCCAAGUGUUCAUGUUAACAACCUGUGCCUAUGAUAGUGUUUUGGCUUGCCAUUUCUGUGCUUGCGUAAUUAGAACUUUAUGCAUUGCUAUAUACAGGCUAGUGCUGCUAUAGUUGAAUUGUUGCAAAGCCUCUCAGAUUCCCAACUCAAAGUCUGCACAUGCAUGGACACAGUCUAAAACUAUCUUUAAAAAAAUGCCUUAUAUGAUAUUUAAUUUUGACUUCCUGACAUAAUCAUAAAAAUGAUGAGCUGAAAAUUGUCAAAGGAAAUAGUUGCAAGGUUUUCUGAGGCCACUUAACCAUAAUUUGCACACUUCCGAUCAUGCUCGUAAAACAUACUGCAGUUCCCAAACCAAAAAUAUUGACCAGGGCUAGUGCUGAAAAACAGAUUUCUGGUUUGAUACAGAAACAAUACAUAGAUAGUUAGAUACAGUUUUUUUUGUCAGUGAGAUGUUACAGGUUAUAUGUAUGUAAAUAGGCAUGGAUUCCUAGUAUCUUUGCCCCAAUACUUUUCUUAGAAAAAACUGACAAUGUAAGCUCUUUAUAAUAGCCUGUAUGGGUGAGAGGAUUGCAGAGGAAACCUUUUGAAAGGUUUUCAUCCUAUGAAUUCUGUCAUAAAGACUUAGACAAUGUGCCUAUGACAAACACAGCAGCAUAGCAUAAUAUAUACAAUAGUAGCUAUCUAAGCUUAGGCUAAUCGAGCUUGUGCGUUAUGCAGGGUUUUGUGAUGCAGAACAAUGAGUUUCCACUACAGUGAGGCUAUUAAUGAUUCAGAAGCACUGUUAUUGUUCAACAGAAAGGCCCAAGCCCAAACCCCAGCCUCCAAAUCAGCACAUCUCAUCAAAACAAAACAUACUUCACCGUGCAAAGAAAACGCAUCCUGCCUUUGAGUCGCGUAGCUAUGAAAUCAUCCUUGAGAUAAAGAGGUCUUUUGUGUGAGACAAUCGCAUGAUAAAGAGAGACAAAGCAAGAGCCAUAAAAUUACAUUUUUUUCAAACUGUGAAUAUGAUAGAUAUGUGCCAUUUCUCUCUGUCUGUCUGUCUGUCUGUCUGUCUGUCUGUCUGUCUCUCAGAGCUCAGUGUUCUGUCAUUGCUGCCUAGUGCUGAUGAUACCAGCAAGUUGAUGCUGUCGCAGAAAUGUCUUAAUAUAUUUACUAGUUCUGUAAAAUUACAAGUAUAUAUAUUUUUUAUGUAAGUAAUGUUACUAAUCACAAUAUAUUGCUGCUCGGUACAUGUAUUUGUCCUGCAUCCAGCCUUAGAGAGGGCAACGAUCACUGUGUUGUGUGAUAAAACCUGAUACUGAAAAUGAUUGCCUGGGAGAAAUAAGCAGAUAUGAUUAUGUUUCAGUUAUCUGUUCACUUAUCAGUAGCAACAAUAUGACAGUUUGCCUCAAAGUCAAGUCACCUAAUGAUGCUCAUCCACCUUUCACAGUGUUCACACCAACCCAGUCGCCAGAAUAAAUGUUGUGGGUUACUACAAACCACAGAUCAAUAAAUCUACCUACCAUGGUAGUAAUUAAGCUUUGGGGUGGGGGGAACUCACUGAUGCACUGGCUCACAGUUUUAAAUACGUGGUUAAUGUUGUGAAUUCAAACUAAACAUACUUUAGUAUAGUCAGGAACCAAAACUACUUGGUUAAGGUUAGGAAAAACUACUACUUCAGUUUCAAUAAAGAUGAGAAAUCCCUGACACAGUUAGGUAGGUCACGUAGAAUGUGACAUUAGAAUGUGACAUAUUUAUGGACAGAAGUUAAUUUACAGGUUAACACAGACAUUUACAAUAGUCUCUUGGGUUAAAAUCCAGUGUCUGUCCAACCUCCCUGACCUCCUCUUGUGAUGCUAAUUAUACUGUGUCACCGGACCAGGGCUGAACCUAAAGAAUGGCAAAAAUGUUUCAUAUCAACAUAUCUGUGGUUUGCAUAAAUGUGCAGUGCAUUUUUUUUUCUAGUGAUUGAGUUGUUCACACCCAUCCAAAGAUCCUCACAAGGCUCUCUGUGUACAUGAAGGAAGAUCAGAAUGAUAGAAUAAUGGGAGAAGCGGAGCACUGCUAAGGUUUUGUUUCAGUUGUACUGUGGUUGAUUGUGAAUGUGUGCAAACUGGAAUAUGCAAUGCAAUUACAAUGCAUUGCUGUACAAUGUUGAAUUGUAAAAAAAAAAAAAAAAAAAAAAAAAAACAGGAAAAAAGUUAAAUCGCUGAAAUUGUUUUCUAAAAGGUUACAGCGAAAAAGAUAAAUCGGGAGGUGCUUCUUCUUUUUUUUGUUCAAGCUUACUGUACAGGUGUUUAGUACAUUGUGUCUGCAUUAUUCUUAUUUUUAUUUUUUUUGCCAGUACACAAUGAGCUCAUUCUUAACCUAGUGUAAAAGUUUGCAACGGUUUCAAGCUUAUAAAUGUUACAGACACUUUAGAGCAAGCACUUUGUACACAUAUAUAACUGAUGUUUAAAAUAGUAUUCAGAUUUUGUAUUUUGGACUAAAUCAAGUCAAUGAAUUACCUGGUAUUGUAAGACAGCAUUUUUUUUAUUCAGCACAAUAAUCAGUGAAUGAGGAACCUUCUAUAUCAAAAAGCUUUAGUUUUGUCCUGCAGAGUUUAUGGGACAUAUUUUACACUACCAGAUUGAUAGAAUGAUGUACUGUAAUGGAGUAUUUAAUGUUUGCUAUAAGAUCUAUGAAUACAUAGAGCAGAUAGAUAUAGUAUUUUAUGAAGUCAUAUUAAAAUAUAGGCAGAGUGAAAUAGUUAUACUGUAACUCUGCAUUCUGACAGUUGUCCCAUUAUGUGAUUUCAUUUCAUUUGAAGGGGCUACAGUGUUUUAUAACGAUGUGUUUUGGCCUUCAUUUUCUUGGUUUUGCAUCUGUUCAUGGGUGGCUUUUGUCGCCCUGUUAAGCCUGUAAGUAAUCUAGAUUAAUGGGAUUUGUAACUCUUUGUCCAAGAGUGUGCAGCCAGACUUUUUUCAAGUUGUUCGGGAAAUAGUUAAAUUCUUGACCUGAGUACGGUGCAGCAGCUGGCUUUUUAUAACUACGUCCAUUGGCUCCACUGUAUAUUCUUUCUAUCCAUGUGUUAUUUAUUUGUCUGCGUAAAGCCCUCAGAUCACCCCCACCACCUAUCUGACCACAGUGGAUGGGGCACCGUGAGUAAUGUGUUAGUCCCUGACAUGUGUCAUCCAGGCUCAUAAAACUGGAAAUAUUCUCCUUGUCAGAAUUGGAAACAGCUGCAUUGUGGUCGUAAAAAAACUCAACACUAUAAUUUAACCGUUUGCAUCGGCUUCAUUAAUUCAUAUGCUUUUGUUCCAUAUUUUCAUACCCCUUGACCUUGGAGCCACUGUUCUCUGUCAGCUGCUGUUUUACUCGAGGCCAACAACUCUGUUGAUUGUUGAUGAUUUGAUAUUGUUCUCUUACCAGUUGAGCCUUUCUGGUGUUGUAUGUGUGAUCAAUAAGCUUUCAACAAGUUACACAAUAAAUGUAUAUACAGCAUCUUGA